AUUCUAUUGAAAAAUCUACUUAUUCAUUAAAAUCAUAUUGGUUUAGAAAAUAUAUUAUUCAAAUGAAUGCUUCCUUAGAGAUGAACAGUCAAUCGAAUUCAGAUACCGCAGCUGAAACAACUAAUUUUUGUUCAUUUUCUGAAAAUCUGCGUAAAAAUAAUAAUAGUGAUCAUUAUAUUUACAAUAAUAACAUCAAUUACAGUAAUAAAUGUUUAUCCCCAUUUAUGUUAAAUGCUCCAACAACGGGUAGACAUAACGUGUCGUUUGUCGAUGUUGGAGUACAAACUGAUGAUCAAAUGAUUUCACAUUGUGAUAACGAAGCUCACCUAAAGGACAAUAUCCUUAUUGCUCCUUACAACUUUGAUGAUUUUAAGGCGUCUAGCGAUUUGGAUAUUUUCGUUGAUGCAGUUAAAUGUGUUUACGCUGAGGUAAAACUUGAACUAGCUGAAAUGAUUGUCAACAACUUGAUAGGAAAAUAUGCUGAACCUUUGGAUACAUAUAAUCCUGUGGCAAAUCUUCCUCGGGCUAAUACUUUAUGCUUUAAUACUACUUUAAAUAGUAAUAAAUUUAAUAAUAACAAGAGUUUAACUUUCAAUGAUAAGUCGCGUUCUGAUCACAAUUCACCGACAUAUUUUUGGCCUAUUUUCAAAUUACUUUUAACUCAAUCAGAACCGCAAAUAUUCCCCGAUCUGUACGAACCAAGUCUUUCAGAACACGAAUUAUAUGAUCAAUCUAAUCGUCUUGCAUUUGACAUUCGGAGGACUAAAAGCAAGUUAAAUAUACUGCAAAGCUUACAAAGCAGACAAUCUCAAGAAAAUAUAAUUACCAGUGCUACUACUAUUUCUACAAGUGCUACAUCUACUAUUACUUCGAACUUCGAAAAUUCGCCAAACUGCAAUCAAUUCCAUUCAUCAAAUGACCUGGUAAAAACAUCGCAAUGCAGCCAACGCGAUUCUUUUAUAGCUUGUUUAUACGAUGUGCGGAAAAAUUAUAAAGCGUAUAAAUCGAAGACAAUCCCUAGCAAUGAUCUUGAACAUUCUAAAAGUCCUCGAUCACUUACAACUCAACAUCGCACACCUAGUCAUUAUGGAAACCAAACAGCAAAAUACGAAAAGUCCUUAGAGCAAUUACUAACAAAUUUACAUGCAAAGUCCAGUAGUAAUAAUGCUAAUGAAAGUACACCAUCAAUCUACACUGAUCCGAAGGACUGUCCAUUAUCUUUACUAUCCUUUGUAACCAACCUAAAUAACUUGAGUAGCGAGGAAAAAGAAGAGGGAAAGCAACGCAAACAACAAGCAAAUUAUCGACGGCAUCAUGAAGCACAACCAAACCGACCUCCAUAUAAGACCAGUUCCCAUGAAGAUUCCCUACCACUUUCAUCUUCCUCUUCUUCAUACACUAUCACUGACCCCAAAAAUGAGAUAAUGUCGUCAUCUAUGUUGAAUUGUCCCAGCAAAUCAAAUACUACAAAUAAUACUACAGUAACUGCUUCUAACAGUAAUUCAUUUAAUAACUCAACGGAUCUUCGUUCACCAGCCAAAAUAGUAAAUUCUGAAGCAAUCCAUAAUAUAGAAUAUUCUACGUUCACUGAACGACAUAGCCAACAGUCAAAUCCACCAACCACAUCUGUCCACGACAAAACUAUUUCACCAAGUAAAGAUGACCCAGAUACAUUUCAUUAUUUCAUUGCUGGUAAAUAUGAUCCAGUUAAACAGCAGGUACUAACAUGGGACGCUGAACUGGCUAAAAUGUACAAUCUUGAAAUACGAACAAACAGAGAAUAA